CAUCUCUCUCUCUCGGUGAUAAAGCCACACACACACACACACACGCGCGCACGAGGAUAUUUUUAGAGAUGAUGAUCAAAGAAGUGUAAGAUCGCAAAGAAGAUCAGAAAUUCUGGAGUGAAUUAUGGAUGCACUUGUGCGUGUGGUGUGGAGUGUCGCCCUCCUGAUAAACACAGCCGAGGCUUCUGCAUCCGUUCCAGUCGCAUCCACUGUGUCUCCAAAUGACGCCGUUGACCUCUUGGUGGCCUCGAGGACGACGGACCCCAAAGAACCCAUUAGGAUGGACCUCUCUCGUCUCACAUCUGCACCACAGCAGAUCAGCAGCACUAGCACGGAUGGAGACAAAGCCGGAGACGCAUCCACCUCCUCGACUCAAGCUUACGCAAAGAUCGCUGCUUCUAAAGAGCCCGACGCAGACGCUACCAUCAGGACGGACAUUGUUUGGCCUCGAGAAAGCGUCGCUAGUCCUAAGAUGUCAACAGAUGCAACAGAAGGUUAUUUAUAUAUCCCUCCUCAAAUCAUUCCACUGAGGAGCACCACCAUGACACCAGGAUCAUCCAUCCCUUCAUCUAACAAGCUCAGUGAAGAACAUCAAAACUCUUCUCAAUCCACCACCUCUGAGACGAUCUCAACAAUUCCACCUUCUAUUCCACUUUCUUCUCUGAAAGACUUGAUCACCGGAUCUGCUUCUUUGGAGAAAGAGAACCAGGACGGACCAUCAGAACUAGAUGUCGGAGAUGAAGACUCAGACAAAGCGCUGUCUCCUUCACCAUUGGAUCCUUUGCUUGCCGGCCUGAUCUCCAUCUUCAUCAUUAGCACCGCUCUGCUCUCCAUCAUACUCUUCCUUAAAUUUCGCCAACAAAGCGGUCAUCCUGAAUUCCACAGACUGCAAGACCUUCCCAUGGAUGAUCUAUUAGAGGAUACGCCGUUGUCAAGAUAUUCAUAUUAACGAGGGUCCUGAAACCAGGCUGAUGGAACUGCUUAUGGUGACACAUCAUGGGAACCAAACCAGCUUGAACAUUAUAUGCAGAACAUAAGACUGAACAAACAUCACCGUUACAGAGACUUUGUUGCUUGUUUUCGCCCGAUUUCUUACCGAAACGUGUCUGUUAAGUGAUGAUGGUGGAAAUCUCUAGUCAUUAUGAUCUUUUUUUUUGUUUGUUCUCUUCAAAUCUGAACAGGAGAUGAAUCAAAGUCAGUAGUUUAACAUCUCAAUAGCAAACAGCUUUAUGUGCGAAAGUGGGCUGUAACUAAGUACUGAUACUUUGUAAGUACUAUUGAAUUACUAUCAGAUUUAGCAGCGAAUUACAUUUUUAGAUUUUAGACUUUAUUUUUUUGUGAAUACUUAAAAUUUUAAGUUUUAAGAUAUCGUAGCAUUAAUGUUUUUGUUCCUAUUAAUAUAUUAAUAACGAUGUACUCAGUGUUGUUACCUGUAAAUAAAAUAGUUUUAGUUUUAAAGCUAAAGAUGUUGUAGUAUGAAUAUGUUUUUUUUUUUUUCAUCACAUGCUUUGUUGAGUUAAACGGAGAACGACAACGUAAACUUUCAGAAAUAAAUUGUGACGUGCUUAAAGGUGGGGUCUCCGAUGUUUGAGAAAUGCUUCUGAAAACU